AUGUCUUCUGCUGAAGAACCAGCAGUUCUUCUGCAGAAGAGCGAUGAACCGGAGGAGAAAACCAAGGAGAUUUUCGAACUGAUUAGGCAAAAAAAAUCGAAUGAAGUUAUUCGUAUGCUUAAAAACAAGCAAAUUCCGUUUGAUUGUACCGAUAAGAAUGGUAUGACCCUAUUGGAUCAGGCAUGCUGGGCUGGUGAUGGGAAACUGGCGAAGUUUCUGUUAUCAAAUGGAGCCGAUCCAAACAGUAAUAAGCACGAAUCAGGCUAUAGAUCAUUGAUGUUUGCGGCAAUUGCUGGCCAUCAAGAGAUUUGUCGAUUGCUACUUGAUCACGGUGCAUAUGCUCAUUCAACAAAUUCCAUUGGCAAAACAGCGGCAGAAAUGGCGGCUUUUGUCGGACAACAUGAAUGUGUCAGUAUAAUCAACAAUUACAUAACACUAAGCGAAAUUGAAAGAUUGCUCCAUCCAAAAGGAGAAAAUAGUGAUGAAAUUUAUCCGAAGAAAUUUUCGUUGGCACUACAUGGCUUAAUAAAAACUCAUGUUUUUCAUCCAAUUUGGGCAAUGUCACUAAAGCUAUGGCUUAUUUUGUACACUGUCCGAGAGACAUGCAAAUUAGUUGAAACUGCAUUGUUGGAAAAUGAGCUACGAGAUGGGCAAAUAUUAAUCAAAAAUUAUGCUAAACAAUUGCUCAGAAUGGAACGGUCGGAUCGAGUGCGGCCGGGCCUAGAACAUUUCCUUCGUAAUGCUGUUCAAGCAUUCCCAUACCAUCAUUGUAUGCUUUUCCAAGCACUUGUACGAAAUCUUGCGCAAAUCGAAUUUGUAAGUUUUAACGAGGAACUUUUUUUCAAAUUUUUAUUGCUUGUUUUUUCGGGAAACUUUGUUUUUCUUUUUCAAAAAUUUCGCUUGUUUUUCAAAUUUUCGGGAAAAAAUAACAACGGCAGUUCAGAUGUAUACUUCGGACAAAUGCCAAAAAUGAGACUAUCGAGUGGAACCCGUGUUAAUUAUAUUAAAUACUGA